UAACCAGACGGAGAGGACAGCUCGCACCCGGGAUUGUUUGUUACCGUUUUAAUCCUAUUAAUUAAAACGUUAACCUGAUUGGGUAGAGAGCUCUGUCCCAAUAGGCGAGUCUUCUUCAUAUUAAUAGCCCGCCUUGAGAUAAUGAUGUAAAAGGCUCCCCCUUCAGCGGCUGAUGCUGAUGGCUGUCGAGAUCUCUGGAAGGUGAAUCGGAGCAGGAUAAGCGCCACAGCACAGAGCUGAGCACUUCAAAAGGAGCUGUCGACACUACACAUCAUUUGACAAGUAGCGCAGCCAUUGACAUCAACUGAGCUGCACAAAGGGGACAAAGUUACUGCCGGGGACAGACGCCCAACGGUCUCAGUCGAGCUGUCUAAGUGAGACUAUGGACAGGAGAAUGAACUUGAGCGGUCCGGGAGACAUUUUUCACAAAACUCUGAGCGCUGUCUCUAACAAAAAGAUGGACUCUUUCAGGCCAGGCGCGGGAAUCGAUCUGCCUUCGAGGGACCGCCAGUCGCCAAUCAGCUGUUUCGACCCGUCUGACUCAGACCCGAAUCAAAACGGCGGACUGACAGGAGGACGAAGGCUGACACAUGGUCUUCCGACCGGAUCUUUGUGUAUGAAAUACGGUGAGAGUGCCAACAGGACUACGGCAGCAGAGAGCAGCGGAGGGGAACAGAGUCCUGACGAUGACAGCGACGAAAGGUGCGACAUGAUGCUCAUGGCCGAUGGAAUGACAGCGGUGCCCGGUUCUAAGUCUGAAGGAGGUAAGAAAAACAAAGAACAGAAAACCCUGAGACUAAACAUCAACGCCCGGGAGAGAAGGAGGAUGCACGAUCUGAAUGAUGCGCUCGAUGAACUGCGAGGGGUCAUUCCCUACGCGCACAGCCCUUCCGUGCGGAAACUCUCCAAAAUCGCCACUUUGCUACUAGCCAAAAAUUAUAUCCUCAUGCAAGCGCAGGCACUGGAAGAAAUGAGAAGGCUUGUAGCUUAUCUUAACCAAGGCCAGGCGAUCACUGCUGCUUCGAUUCCCGCGACCACUGCCCUAACGCCGGGCUUAGGUGCGUAUGAGCAACCACCUGGGUAUCCCUUCCCCGCCGGAGUUGCAGCCUCCACAUGCCCCGACAAAUGUGCCCUUUUCAACAGUGUCACCUCCAGCCUCUGUAAACAAUGCACUGACAAGCCUUAGAAUGCUUCUGAACUGACUCCAACUGACUUAGAAGCACAUGCGAAAUUAAGACUUAAUAUGGAGACUGCUGAAGAGAAUGCCGUCGGUAUUAUCAAUUAUUUAAAAAUGGAGGUCAAUGAAGAAGAAUGCUGAAAAAAAACUUUUUAAACACUUACAAAAAACCCAUUCAAACAUGCACCGUCUGUUCAGUAUAUACUUGAUUGUGUAUAUAAAAUAAGUAGCCUACUAUUCAAGUGCUGGCGAGAAUGAACGUUUAAAAAGUCAAACGUAAAAGUCUAGUCUGACUGCAAGUGGGAGAAGAACAGACUUUGUUUAUGCACUUGCAUUGUUGUAGACCUGAUUCGUGUAUUUAUGACCUGACAACAUGCAGCAACCAUCGCACAAAUUACAAAACUUUUUUAGGACAUUUUAAGGACUACCAUAGGAAAUAUCUCUAGAUUUGAGGACAAAUGACGUUCGCUCAUUAGUCUUUGAGAACAAUAACAUGACGGAGCAGCGAAAUGAAUUGUACACAUUUCUCACAUCCCAAAGCCAAUUGUUAUUUAACUAUCAGAAUGAUUUUAAUGACACUAUAAUAGAGAGCUCCAGCAAAUGCUUGCUUGGUUUAUGAUUUUGUCUCUUUUUUUCCUUUUCUCAGAUUCGUAUUUAUUGCUUUAUUACGUCCGCUUGCACGACAGUUUGUACUGCACUGGCACUAUUGCUGUAAAAAAUAACUAUGAUUUUCUUCACUCCAACGGUAUGUCAGAGGUCAAGACAGACUAAGGUUGUUGUCAGGUCAAGAUAUUGAGUACUGUUGAUACAUUAGUUGGAAUUUGAUGAAAGAUGGCCAUUUGUAUGUGUUAAUGUGUU